UUAUCUUUGUGUAAAUGCAGCCUUGGAAUAGCCACCGAUAUUGCCAGUUUCUUUAUUUUUAUUUUUGCUUCCGUUUCUUUCUGUCCUUGGGGUCUAGCCCGCAGGAAUACACCGUAGAACGUCUGUGUCUGACGCUCACAUCAAACGCUCCCUCCGUGCGGCCAUGCUACCACUCCAUACACGGUUCUGUUUUGCUUUUAACUUUUAGGGAUUGUUUUUCCAAAAAUGUAAUUUUGUUGUGUAAUCACAUGAGUGUUGGCUCGGGAGAUUCAGAGAUCCUGGCUCUGGUCCCUGUUCGCUCUGUUCAGUCCUCUUCCUUCACUCUCUUCCCUCUGCUUAGGUGCUUUCUCCUUCAGCCUUUGCUGCGGCCCUCCAUUGUUUUAAAUAUAUGCAAAUGGCUCUGCUUUCCCUGUCCCUCCUAUUUGCGGGUGCCCUGGCUCAGCUCCUGCACACCUACCCCUGUUUUUCUCACCAGCAGUUCCUAGAGAUCACUCCCCACAGCCACCCCCGUCGCUCUUAGUGACUCCAGGUCUUUAGCCCAGGAAGUCCCGCAGGAAGGCUCCCUCCCUUCCCACACCCGUCCUGCAGCCUACAGGCUAUGGUAAAAGGGACUCUGGAGGGCCCAGGUGGUCCCCCUUCCCUGCUGUCUUGGCCUCAGCUGACCUCCUGCUGUUGCCUCUGGCUGGGGUCUCCUCAUCAUCCUCGUUCGCAGGCCCUGGCGCGUCACACCCAGGGCCGACCUCUUCGGCUUGCGAUCCUGGCUCUGCUGUGCCUCCACUCUAGAGGGAACUCAAGGUGACCAGUGUAUCUUGUGUCCCUGUCCCCUGGUUCCUGAGUGACCAAGGAUGUCCCCAGGGCUGAGUCACCCUGAGAGUCACAGCAGCCCAGGUUGCCUCUGUGGCCACGGUGCCUCAGAGAUGUCCAUGGAGAAGGCUCUUGCACCUGGGGCAUUGAAAGGCCUGGGGCUCCCAAACCUGGUGACACGGGGACCUUGGCCCUGCCUGCUCCAACUGGAACCUCUGUGGCCCCAGGAUGACGGCACCUAGUGGCAAGCCUGGGGGAUGUGGCCCUAGACUUACCCUCUCCUCUUGCCCCCGCCUCACCCUCCAUGGCCCUCCCUCACUUCCCUAGGUAACAGCCGCAGUCACGUGGGUUUCAAUUCUUCCUGCUGUCUGCAUUCUUCUCUGCACACACUGCCUGGCGCCUUGCGCUGGCAAACUUCUUGGGGGCCCUUGAUCUUACUUUAAACGUCUUUCCCUGGUUUCCAGUUCAGCUCAGGACCAGUUCUUAUGUUUCCUCCUGUUUCUCCUGUGUCCCAUUCCCUUCUUCAGAGAGCUCUCAGCGCAGUGCUUGGGAGCAAGACUGAGGCUCUGGUACCAGGUGGCCUGGGUUUGAAUCCUUGCUCCACCCCUCACCUGCUGCUCAGUUUCAUCACCCAUCGAGUGACAGUGGUGAUAACAGUAGCCCCAACUGUUAUGAGGUGCCAACCUAAACAACACAGAGAGUCUCUCUAAGAGAAAAUGACGUUUAUCUGGGAAUAGGCAUUAUUGGGAAUCCCCAUGCCACAGUCAACUAUGGGUAUCUUCAGGGGGGUAAAGGAAGACAAAAGUUCUGAAAGAAAAAUGAGGAGGAUUACGUCAUUGUUUUGGGACAAUUAUUCUUGCCUUCCAAAAUCAGUAGCAAGGGUGGCAUGAGUCUGAGUUUGGACAGGAAGCUGCUGGGCAGACGUCCUUGAGCAAGUGUUUCGUGAGAUCCUGAGCUUUAACACCAGCAGGCGCAGGGUCCCUCUCCCCUGCUCUGUCCUGGUUUCAGAGGCUCGCCGGACCAUGUGACUUCUGACAUGCGGGGUUCUAACCAUGCGCCAGGAAUGCUCUAGCUGCUUCGAGGGUCUUAUCCCACUGAGCUUCGUGGCAGCCCUGUGAGAGGGCUGCAGCACAGAGAGGGUAAGGGAUCUGCCCAAGGUCACAUAGCAUAUUAGCGGCAGAGUCGAGCUUUGAAGCAGGAUCCUGGGUCCAGCUAUGCUUCCUGUCUCUUUGUUUCUCUCCCUUGAGCUCAGACAUGUGUGGCCUCUUGACAAUGCUCACCUGAGCCAGGAGAGCCAUCUCUCUACAUGGAAACUUUAUCCCCACUGUCGAGGCUCCCUAGCCUGCCCUCUGACCUACUUUUCCAGACACACCUACUGUUGUCCUUUCCCUCUCUCACUCCCUGGAACUCAGCCUUCAUCACUUGGCCUAAGAGAUGCCGCCACCAUCAUACACCUUUGUAAGGACAAUGUCCUCCCAGUCCUCAGCAGGACAACUCCUAUACAUCCUUCAAAACCCAGCUAGACAACACUUCCUCUUCAGUCCUCCCCUGAUGCUCACCUGCCUCAGCAAAGUUAGUCCUGCUGCUCAGAGCACAGCCUGUGCCUCAGCCUGCCACCUGCACCCCUAUGUAGCCGUGUGGCCAUGGGCCAGGCGUGAGUCCUCCUGAGCCACAGUUUCCCUCAUCUGGAAAACAGGGGUGAUAGUAGUCAUACCCCCUCCACAGAGUGUGGGUGUAAGGUGGUUCUGUGGCAUCUGGAACAGGGCUCUCUCCUUGGGGCUGGUUAUGGUGACAACAGCAAUCACUGUGAGUGUUGUUUGUCCUGGUGGUCUUGGGGACCUAGAGCUCCCCUAGACAUGACAGUGGGCGACAUAGGGACAGUGAUGGCCUCUUCUCUGCUGCACCCACGGAGUUGGUGACUUGGGGACUGUCACAGGCUCUGCUUGCUUUGCUUUUCUCCUGGCCACCAAUCCGAGGGGCUUUAAGUCCAUGGCAGCCAAUGGGCCACCUGGGAAAUCUGGAAAUCUCGAGUGUCUGUGGAGAGCUGGCAUGCUUUGUGCAGCGUGGGAAGCCCAAGGGAGAUUUUAGCCACCUAUGUGGGGUGAAGCAGCCCACGGGCCCUGGCCUCUCAGCUGCCACGCUGUGGAGUCUCUGGGAGCCUCGCGGGACUCGCCCGCCUGCCACACCUGCAGCUGGGCUCGAUGGUGUGUACAAACACCCCAUUAUGUCUGAUUACCAGCCAUUAGUGCAAUUAGGGUAGCCCCUCCGCGUCCCGGGGCUCCAGCCAGCUGUGCCGGGGGCGUGGGGCAGAAUAGCAAACAGCCUCCUCCAGAGCCUGCGCAUCGGCUGGCGGGCCUGGGAACCGUGGGCUGGGGAGUCCCAGUGAGCCUGGCUGGAAGGCCGGGGCUCUGGAGCAUGGGGCCACCCGGUGGGCGGGCCCCUCCUCCUCCCCACCCUUUGCACUGCCUUGGUGCUGCCUGAUGGUGUCUUUUCCCUCUGGGCUUCUUACCCUAAGCCCUCCCGAUGUGUGGGGUGGGGAGUCUUUUUGGGGCAUCCCAUAGCCUGUAGGAUGUCAGCUCCAUCCAGGGCCUCCACUCGCUAGAGGCCAGCAGCAUCCAGCUCCCAGAGUUGUGUCAGCCAGAGGCUUCCAGACGUGACUAGCGUCCCCCGGGGGCAGGACCCACCAUCCUGGUCUCGGCAGCUCUUUCCAGCCAUUGCUGCUGAGUGCUUGGCUGCUGUAUUUGCGUGUUCCCUCUCCAGCGCUGUGCUGGCUCCUCUGCCUGCUCCCGCCCUCCCUGCCUCUCUUUCAUCCCUGUAGAAAAAGCCUUUCAAGCCCAAACUCACAGUCACCUCUGGCCUGUCACCCCCAGGGAUGCCCUAGUCGGAGAGGCCCCACGUUGCUGCUCCCCUGACCACGCAUGCUAGCACGCGGCCCCAGCCUGCGGGGCUUCAAAGGGCCAUUUGAGGUAUGCACUUGAUCAGGGAGGAAGAAAAGAGGCCAGUGGCUGUUUGUUCUGGGACUUGGGAGUGAGCUGUGGCUCUUCAGAGCUCGGCUGGGGGGCAUCCUCUGUGCCUGGCCUCGUGGCCCCGGCCCCGGCCCCACCCCCGUGGGCUGAUUACUUCCCAUUCCCUGCUCAGCACGGCUGAUACAUCACUGUCCUGUUUAACCAAUGUAUUCACCACUUCUAAGGCAGUCACUUCCCACAUGUUCACUGGCAGGAAGUUGGGAUGCAUCUGUGGGAGCUGGGGUCUGAUGGGAGCUGCUGUCUGGUGGGAGUCAGGACUCAACUGCCGUGGCCUGUGAGUGUGUGAACUUGAACUUGUGAGGGUUGAUUGCAACAUGCGUGUGAGUCUUCACCCAGUCUCCAUGUGUUUUGUGGCAUACGAUGCUGCUGCUUCUCCCAUAAAGAGGUGGCAUCAGUUCCCAAGGUUUCCCAGAGACAGAAGGGGUUUAAGAGAUGGGGGACUUUCAGCAAUAAAAUUGUAAAAAUUGAAGCAAAUUGAGGCAAGCUGAUCCUGUUUGUCCUCCAUCCCUCGAAUCAGCGUUGGUCCUGUGAGUGGGUUUUCCAGUACACUGUGGCUGGCCAGAUGUGUGCUGGAACUGGGUUCCUGCCCCUGAUAAGCCCAGCCCCUCACUGGUCGCGUAUUUCCAUGUCGCACCCCCCCACACCCCCACCACAGCUGCUUUCCAGCUACCAGUGUGAGGCCAGGGAGCUCAGGUGGAGCUGGGAGGUGACGUGCACACCACUCUCUGGCUCCACACUACACGUGGCAGGGGGAGCUUUCGUGAGUGGAGUCGUGGUGUUGUGGGCUUCUGCUCCUGGCACCCUGCACCUGCCCUGCCCUGUGGGCACCCGGGCCGGCGGCUGGAGGAGAACACGCAGACUGGGCCACGUGGUCCCAGCUAGGGCUCUGUGGACCGGCCUAUGGCCAGUCUACCCCCAAAUACACGGGAGGCCAGAGCUGCCCACUCAAUUCACAGCUGAACUCAGAUGCAGGGUUACUCCUGCUGAUCGAGAACCAGGCGCUGACCUGUGCACUCCCGAACUCGUUGUUUUCUGUUGUUUUAAGCACUGCCGUUGCUUUAAUUGUAUCGUACGACGCAGUUCUUCAUCUUGGGUGGUUUGUGAUGCCACGGUACCUGGCCGAGGCAGAGAUGUUCACGCUGCUUUUCCUUCAGUUGAGUUCUGUGUGCUGUUGACAUUGCCGGGUCGGGUCUAAUGACCACAUAGAAUUGCUUUAAAGGUGACACUGAUUCUGCAUGGAGUGGAGCUUAUCACACACAGAAGAAAGGACAGAGCAGUGGGGCUCCCUUCUACAUCAGGGAGGCAAGUGUUCAUCCUGGAGGAGAUGACCAUGGCUCCGUAUUUUUUUUGUAAACCAGCCACCAGGUGCUUGCUGUGCCCGGGAGCUCUGCUCAGCACAGACGUGUAUACAAUGGCUGCCUAGCGCAGGACGAGCGGGGCAGCUGGAGGCAGGAGAAAUGCCGCGCACCUGGGAAGAAACAGAAGCAAUUGCCCAGUCAAGAGAUGCUGUGGUAACCCUGAGUGUGCAUCACAGGAGUGUCACAGCCGGUGGCAUUGUCACACUUGUAGUGUCUGAGUGUCAUGCAGAAUCAUGGCAUCUUAGAAUCAACGGCAUUCAAUGUGAUAGAAUAGAGCAUCCAUGAUUUACGUCCUGUACCCUCGCCAUAGACCACCAGCCCCAUGUGGGUGAGGACCUCGUCACAGGGGGAAGAGCCAGAACACGUGACCAAGCAGGCACAGUGGAUCGCAGGGGCGGCGAUGUCGGAUGAGGAGCCACAGCCCUGGCCCUUGCUCUUCCAACCCUGGGGAGCCGGGCACACUGCUCUUCUCUCUGUUCCUUUGUGUCUCAGUCACCUCACCCUCGGAGCAGCCCUGAGGCAGGGCAGGGUGGCUGCCAACACACCUGUUCUGCAGCUGAAGAAACAGAGGGCAGCGGCAGAGGGGCCAGCUUUGUGGAGGUGGCUUGGGCAGUCCCAGAGGCCACAUGCAGAGGUUCUCAACGCUUUGUUUGACCCUCUGCCGUGGCCUUGGUUUUAAACCAGGACCCCAUAGUUUUAUUUUGCACUGGACACUGCAAGUUGUUUAGCUGAUCCUGGAGACCAGGCUUCCCGGGGGCUCAUUGCAGAGCCAGGGUUAGAGCCCAAGGCUCUGACCUCAGCUGGAGCACAUCGUACAUGGGACUCACCAUAGCACUGGGACUCAGGGCCACCACUGGCCACAUGGCCUUGCCCAGGCCGAGCAGAUAGUAUGGACUGUCAUGUUCCUCUGGCCUGUGGCCUCCUCCUAGCAGGACUGAAUGAGUCCACGCUGGCUUCAUCCAUGAUAAAGCAUCGGGCUGGCGUUUGCACGAUCCUCACCAUCGCUGUUGGCAUUGUGUGAGCUGUGGCAGCCGACGGGCAGUUAAGGAACCCAAAGAAGGGGCCAAACUUGGCUGCGGGUCCCACUCUGUAACCCUGAGGUGGGCAUCAGGGCCCACUGAUGGCCUAAGACCCUAAGGGGCUUCUCCAUCUCAGCCCCAGCAUCCAGACACCGACCUCUGAGGGGCAGAGGUGAAGGGACGACCUUGAGUCAGCCUGGAAGGUGAACGGCACUAAUAGACGCUUAUUUCUAAAAUAGCACUGACUCUCCGGCAACCGGUUAUUAACUUGGGGAAAGGGAGUGAGUGCUAUUUCAGGCCUAACUGCAGAAAAGCAUUUUCCUUUCAGAGUUUUUCCUGAACUUUUCACCCGUGCCCCCAUGAGGAGCAGGGAUAGAGAGAUCAGCCCUCUCCUCAGGGUCCCAGGAGAGCAGCAAUGACUGACGGGGUGAGCCACGAGCACAGGGGCAAUGGGACAGCCGCCUUCAGUGAGUGGCUCUGAGGCUCCAGUACGUGGAUCCAGCCUGCGGCCAACAGGGCAAGGGCUGCACCUGGCCAUGCUUGUCCUUUCCCUCUGCACUGAGCACCUGCUUUUCAGGUGGCUGUUAGGAUUUAUGUUUAUAGCUGGGGUCAGGACCUAGUCUAGGAUUAGAGUCAGGGUUCAGCCUGUGUUCAAGGUCAGGACUUAGCCUGUAAGCAGGAUCAGGGCUCAGCAUGGACCAGGAUCAGGGCUCAGUAUGAGCAGCAUCAGUGCUCAGCAUGGGUCAGGAUCAGGGUUUAGUAUGACUCUCUGAGGGGUAGGGGUGGGAUCAGGCAUCGAUCUGAGCUGGAAAGUGGGGUGUGCAUCCUCACCCUGGUCACUGUGUUGACUCUGCCCCUGAGGUACUGUGCAGUUCUCAGCUCCCCGUGGCCCAGGCAGCUCUGGGAGAAUCGUGGCCUGGGAGGUUUCCUGGGCAUCUUGUGAAUGAGUGGUCUCUGACUAUUCCCUUCCCCCACCCUAGCUGAUGGUCUUGGUCGGGGGAGGCCUGCACUUCCAGUGGGUUCCCCUCUGCACCAAGCCCUGACUGCAGAGUCUAGAGUCUCCAAGGGAGCAUCCAGACCCCAGGGAAAGGAGAGAGAAGACCUGAAGCCAGCUCCUUCAUGGGACUUUGUGAGCAUGUCCCUCCCCUCCUUCAAGCUUUUGCUGCAGACCAGGCAACAGGUCUCUUUAUUAAAACUGUGCAUCAGGCUGGUUGCAGUGGCUCACACCUGUAAUCCCAGCACUUUGGGAGGCCAAGGUGGGAGGAUCACAAGGUCAGGAGAUUGAGAUCAUCCUGGCCAACACGGUGAAACGCCGUCUCUACUAAAAAAUUCAAAAAAUUAGCUGAGUAUAGUGAUGGGUGCCUGUAGUCCCAGCUACUCUGGAGGCUGAGGCAGGCGAACUGCUUGAACCCAGGAGGCAGAGUUUGCAGUGAGCUGAGACCGCGCCACUGCACUCCAACCUGGGUGACAAGAGCAAAACUCAGUCUCAAAAAAACAAAACGAACACUUCAUUAAAGAAAAAUGCAAAGCCAGGAGCAGGAGGGGAGGUAAGCACACACAGGGCCAGCUUGCCUGGCCAGGCUGGGCAUUUCCAGCAGGCCGGACCUGGGGGUCGGAGGGCCUCCUUUCAUACAUGGUGGCUUCCUGCCUCAGCUUCUGCACAGUGCUCAGGUGUUUCUGGAUAACAGUGGUGGUGAACACACUCACAGAACGUACCGAAACUCGGCCACUUGUCCCUUCACCCAGUUUAUUCUCAGAUAAGCUCUGAGGCAGGGACUGUGAUUCUCACUUUACAGAUGAGGACACUGGAGGACAGGGAGGCUAAGUAGGUUGCCCCAGGCCCCCACAGCCAGCAAGAGGAAGGGCUGCAUUUCUCACUCGACAGGCUGGCUCCAGGGGCCAUGCAGUGAACCCCCACUUUCCCUGCCAGCCCCCACUGAUGGCAUCUGCUGGCGCUGGGGAUGGGCCACAGACCCUCCAAGUAUACCUGGACCUUAGUGCCAGCUGAAUGCACACAGGGGAUGAUACAGCUGGGAGCCAUCUUCAGGCCUUCCCCAGUCAAUUCUGGGGCUCUCUGCCCAGUUUUGGGUCCCGUUCCAGCCUGAGAAGAGGAAGGGACUCCUCUCUGAGGAAAACGCAAUGUCCUGCUGUCCACCGCCACCCCACCACACCGAGUCUACUGAGAGCCAGGGUGGGGCCAAGGGUUGUCUAGCCCGUGUUUUGAUUGGCACCCUGCUCCUUACCACUGGGUGAUCUUGAGCAAAGCACCCAGCUCCCUGUAACCCUUAUUUCAUCAGUGCUAAAGUGGCCAUCAGCAUCUUGCCCACAGGCUAUAGUUUUCCUGGAUGAUUCAAUGAGGCAGUGGACUCUGGGGUGCUCUGAAGACUGGAGGGGCCUCCUGGGGAUGGGCUCCGUCUGAAACAGUGGGAGGGGGUGAAGAGGAGGGAACUCUCAUCUGCCGUGUUCAGGAUCUGUUGAUUUUAUCGAUCAUUUCAAAUAACUAGCUUUUUGUUUCAUUGAUUUUCUCUGCUUUUUUUCCUGUUGUUUUCAACUUUAUUGACUUCAGAUCUUACCUUUACUCUUUCCUUCCUCCUGAUUGCUUUGGGUUUAUUUACUCUUCUUUUUCUAGUUUUUGAGGUAGGAGCUAAGACUAUUGAUUGGGGAUGUUUCCUCUUUUCCAAGGUGAGUAUUCAGCGCUAUAAAAUUCCCUCUCAGCACUCCUUCCACUGUGUCCCACAAAUUUUGAUGUGUGAUAGUUUCAUUUUCAUUUGGUUCAAUGCAGGUUUAAAAACUUCCCUUCAGGCUUGCUCUUUGACUCAUGGAUUAAGUCAUUUCCAAGUGUCUGGAGAUGUUCCUGUUGUCUUUCUGCUAUUGAUUUCUAGUUGGAUUCCAUUUUGUUGGAGCACACACUCUAUGAUUUCAAUUAUUUUUAAUUUGUUGAGGUGUUAUGACCCGAGGCAGGUUCUGUCUUGGUAUAUGUUCUGUGGGCACUCAAAAGGAAGGUGUAUUCCACUGUUGUUGGAUGGAGUGUUCUAUUAAUUUCUGGUUAGACCCUAUUGGUUGAUGGCAUUGUGAAGCUUUUCCAUAGCUUUGCUGAUUUUCUGUCUAGUGUGCUAUUACUCUCACAGGAGUAUGGAAGUCUCCAGCUGUAAUUGCAGAUUUGCCUGUUUCUCCUUUUGGUUUUAUCAGUUUUUGCUUCCUGUAUUUUGUGCCUCUGUUGUUUGGUGCAUGUGCAUUUAGGAUUGCUAUGUCUCCUCAGUGGACUGACACUUUUACAAUUAUAGACUGUCCCUUUCUGUGUCUGUUUCUGUCAUCUUCCCCUUUAGGGCCUAUUUCAUCUGACAUUAACACAAAAUUCUGCUUUCUUAGAAUUGUUUGCAUAUGUAUCAUUUCCCAUCCUUUUCAACCUGUCUGUAUUAUCAUAUUGAAAGCAAACUUCUUGUAGGCAGCUUAAGAUUGGGACAUGUUGUUUAAUCCACUCUGUUAUCCCGUCUUUUAACUGAUGUAUUUAGAUCAUGUACAUUUAAUGUAAUUAUUGGUAUGUUAGGACUGCCAUUUUAUUUUCGUUUUACGUGUAUUCUUUUUUUCAGUUUCUCUCUUUUCUUUUCUCUGUCUUGCUGUUGGUUACUUGAAUAAUAUUGUUAAAAAUGUCAUGUUUCAUCUAUUUGUAGUGCUUUUGAUUGUAUCUCUGUAUUUUAGGGGUUACUCGAGGUAUUACAUUAUACGUAUAUAAGAUCACAGCAUACAGGUGUCAUUGCAUUAUCAGUUCCAGUAAAGUGAGGAAGGCAUACCUGCUUAUAUGGUACUUUACCUUCCCCUAUUCAUAAUAAUAGUUUUAAAUAUUUUCUGUACAUAAAUUUCAAACUUCAUACAGUGUUAUAAUAUUUGCUUCAACUUUUAAACAUGAUUUAGAAAAUUUAAGAGAAGGCAAAUUUAUUGCCUUUAGCCAUGUUUUCAUUCCUUCUAUUGUUCUUUCUUCCUCCCUUGUUCCACAAUUUCUUCUUUUAUUUUUUUUGGUCUGUUUAUAGAACCUCCUUUAGCCAUUUUUUAGGGGUCUGUCUGCUGGUGACAUUCUUCACCUGAGAAUGUCUUGAUUUCUUUUUCAUUAUGAAAGAUGUUUUUGCUGGAUAUAUGACUCUUGGUUGACAGCUUUUUUUCUAUCAGUAUUUGAAAAAAGUGGUGUCACUUCUAUCCAACCUCAAGAUUAGAGAUGAAAAACUCUCUGUCACUUGACUUGUUUUCCCCCUAUAGAUGAAGUGUCACUCUUUGUCUGCUUUCAAGAUUUUUUUCUCUUUCCCUUCUGCUUUCAGAAGUUUGACUAUGGUGUGUCUUUGUAUGAUUUUUUUUGUGUGGGUGAUCAUCCUGUUGGGGGUUCAUACACCUUGAAUCUGUAUCCUUAUUUGCAUAAUAUAUCAUUUCCCAUCCUUUUCAACCAGGAUCCUGAGAAGUUCUCAGUCAUUAUUUCUUCAAGUACAAUUUUUCGGCAUCUCUCUCUUUCUCCUGUGUUUCCAGAGCUCUGAUGACAGAAAUCUUUUGUUAUGUCCACAGGUAGCCAAGGUUCUACUAAUUUUUUUCAGUAUAUCUGCUUCUGUUGCUCAGAUUGGGUCAGCACUACUGUUCUGUCCUUAAGUUUUGGAUUCUUCUCUCUGUCUCCUGAUUCUGCUGCUGGGUCCAUUCGCUGAGUGUUAAAAUUUCAGUUAUUAAAUUUUUCAGUUCUAAAAUUUUAAUUUGAUUUUUCUUUAUAUCUCAUUCUUCUGUGCUGACUAAUUCUCUGCAGUACUUUUUAUUUUUUCAUUUGUUACUUGUGUGUAAUUGUUCACUGAAGCAUUUUAGGAUGUCUGCUUUAAACUCUGUCAGAUGAUCCAAACGUCUUUGUCAACUCAUUGUUGGCAUCUACUGCCUGUUAUCUAUCAUUUAAUUUGAGAUCUUUCUGGUCCUUGAUGAGUACUUUUUGGUUGAAACCUGGAAUUUUGGAGAUUAUGAGACUCUGGAUCUUAUUGAAACCUUCUCCACUGACACCCUGUGUGGACUUUGUUACACCUGGCAGGGGUGAAAAUCUUGGCUUUCCAUUUGGCCUUCUCUGAGACUACCCUGAUAGGAGAGGGAAAGGGAGAUAUAGCAAAGGACAUUCAGGAGGAAGAAGAUACCAGAUGAGCAAGAAGAAAAUGGAAGAGACAACAACAGGGAACAUAGAAAGUAGAGCCACUAACUCAGAUGUUGAGAGGGAGAUUUUCAGAGAGAGAGAGAGAGAGAGAGAGAGAGAAAAAGAGAAAGAGAGAAGUCAAGGCACAGAUUCAUAGAGAGAAGACUUAUUGAGACAGAGACAGCCCCACAUCAGCAGAGAUGGGGGCAGGAGAAUGCGGGGCCACACAUACAGCCUGGGGGCUGCAAGUGAGCCAGAGACCUUCCUUCCACACCAAGAUAAAAGAGGGUGCUUGUCUCAGGAGAAACCCCGAGGACCUGGCUGAGGAGUCCUGAGAUAACCUCAAGUUCUUCUCCUAGAUGGGAAUGCCCUUCUGCUUCAUCAUCCCUUCCCCACCCACUCAUCUGUUGGUUCAUCCACAGAUCUGAGGUGGGCUCUUCUUUGGUGUCUGACUCUGAGGGGUGGGUGACAGUGGCAGGCUUUCUGUCUCCUCAAGGGAGUGGGUUAUGCAGAAGGUGUGGGUUGUGAAGCCUGGUGGAUCCAGCAGUGCCCUCUGGCUAGAUCCUUCACUAUGCUAGGCCUCUCAUGGGGGAGUGCAGCUACUGGCUACCAUUUUCUUGGUGCACCUAACUUGUUGCAGUGAGAAGGAACUUGACUCGACUAUCCCAGCCCAACUCAAAUCACUAAUCUUCAGAAGCCUCCCAGACAACUCUUCACAUAGUAACUAUAGUGUCACAAGAAGAGGGAACAACAUGACCUUGAAAGAUAUUACAAAAAGUAGACAGGCAAGAGAAACCCACUACCUUCCUCUUCCUAAACUCAAACUGGACCCCACAUCAGGAGGUCUGGUAGAAAUAGUGUGCUUUUUCUUAAGCCAUUAUCACCACCGCCAUCAUCACCAUCGCCAUCAUCACCAUCACCAUCACCACAAUCACCAUCAUCACAUCACCAUCAUCACCAUCACCAUCAUCACAAUCACCAUCAUCACCACCAUCAUCACCACUACCAUCAUCACCAUCAUCACUAUGGACAUCACCAUCAUCACCACCACCAUAAUCACCAUCAUCACUGCUGACAUCACCAUCGUCACCAUCACCACAAUCACCAUAAUCACCAUUAUCAUCACCACCAUCAUGAUCACCAUCAUAAUCAUCACCACCAUCACCAUUAUCACCAUCACCACCACCACCACCAUCACCACCACCAUCAUCACCAUCACCAUAAUUACCAUCAUGAUCAUGAUCAUCACCAUCACCAGCAUCACAAUCAUCACCACCACUGCCAUCACUACCAUCACCAUCACCAUUAUCACUACCAAGAUCACCAUCAUCAUCACCACCAUCGUGAUCACCAUCAUAAUCCACCACCAUCACCAUCACCAUUAUCGCCAUCACCACCAUCGCCAUCACCACCACCACCAUCACCAUCAUCACAAUCAUCACCACCACCACCAUCACUACCAUCACCAUCACCAUUAUCACCACCACCAUCAUCACCAUAUCAUCACCAUCAUCACCAUCACCAUCACCAUAAUCAUUGGCACCAUCAUUGUCAUCAUUAUCACCAUUACCACCACUAUCAUCGUCACCACCACCAUCAUCACCAUUGCCAUCAUCACCACCACCACCACCAUCACCACCAUCAUCAUAAUCAUCACCAUAACCACCACCAUCAUCAUCAUAAUCACCACCAUCAUCGUCAUCAUCAUCAUCACCAUUACCACCACUAUCAUCGUCACCAUCACCAUCAUCACCACCACCAUCAUCACCAUUGCCAUCAUCACCACCACCAUCACCACCACCAUCACCACCAUCACCACCAUCCUCACAAUAUCAACACAAGAACAGUGAUAACAACAAACAUUUAUUGAGCACUUAUGCACUAGAUGCUAUGCUGAUCAUUUUGUUUAUGUUAUUUCAUUUUCUUCUCAUCAUAACCCUAUAAGAGAGACACUAUUAUCAUUUCUUUUGAUAUGAAAAAACUCAAACUCAGAAAGGCUAAGUAAUUUGCCUAACCUCACAUAGGUAGCUUGUAGUAGAGCCAGGCUUCAAACUCUAAUCUGUCUAACACCAAAGGCCUGGUCCAGCGGGAACUGGUAACCACAGGCCUUUCCCUGCACUCUACAUAAGCAUGCACCUGCAGAGGUCAGGGGAGCCUGUUGCUCAGGACGGGUUGGCUGGAGCUCAGCCUUGGGUCCUCUGCCUAACCCGCACCCCUGCCCCCAGCACUGGCCCAUCCACAGGAAUGUUCUUUCACUUUCUCUGGACAUUGUGCAGCCAAAUGUGGAUGGAGCUCUUCUCCCUUCCUCAGCUCCUUCUGUUUUCUUCCCUUUUCCCCACUGAAUGUUGCACGAUGUUCAGCAAAGAGUGAGCACCAGGGUCGUCUCAUGGACAGUGUAAGACUGUCCUCAAACCUUUCUCAUAGAUGAUGGAAGACGGAGCUGCUCCAGGGAACUCGAGACAGCCCAUUCCAAGAGUGGGUCUUUAGCUCCACGUCCACUUUGGAAAGAAAGUGAGGCUCCUUUGUCUCAGGGUCCAUGGGGGAGGCCUCAGGAAGAUGUCUGAUUGGCUUGCAUGAGCCCAUGUUAUAGCAGGUGUAGGGGCACCAUAAUAACUAGCCCCAUCUGGACCCUAAGGAGAGGGGACACCUGGGCUCCACAGGGCAGGCAGUCCUGGAUGCAGGUCCUGGCUCAAUGAUUUAUGACAGUGGGGGCGUGUCUGUACAUGCUGAAACUUCAGUUUCUACAUUUCAAAGUGAAAAUUCCAGGGACCACAUCACAGGGCUAUUGAGGUGAGGCAGUGUCUGGUGCAAUGGAGGAUACCUGCUACCUGCAAGUCACCCUCUUGUCUCUAGCUGGCUAUGCAUAAGGCUGGCAUGUGGCUGUCCCUCAGGGCUUCUUCCAAAGGGCAGAUGGGAACCUACCCAUCCAUGUUUCUAAAAUCAGAUUCUAGCACAGGCUACUGAGGACCACUGCCAUAUUUCUUUGUCACGCCAGCAGCUCCCUGGGAGCCAGAAUGUCCCGUUCAGAGAGGCCUGGCUGUGGGGCCUCUGCAUGUCUCCCUGUGAGACCCUGAAGGAGAGCAGCCUUGCAGAUGGCGUUACACGGGAUCAUCCGUCACAGGGCUGGCAUCUCUGCCCUCUCUCUUCCCGCUGGUCAAUAGCAGGCAUGCUAAGGGGCCCUUCACUGCUAAGUGCUCACAGUGGUAGGAUGAGAAAAUAGCAGGUGACAUUUUCCCACGUGUAUCCACACAACAUUAACCCCACGGAGUCACCCAGCAGCACAGAGGUGAAGGGAUGGCAAGGACCUGUGUUUCACAGAUGAGGAAAUGAAGGCCUGGAUGGUCCCCAGAACUCUCUGCCUCACCCCAGAUGCCUUCUCUCUGUUCAGAGCGAGGAUGCCUCAGAGGCCUCCAGUGUCUGGCCCUCUAGGGAGUUUUCCGUGGUGUUCCCAGCAGCCUCGUGCCAGACCCCCAUGCCAGCUCAGGCCUGUGGGCAGAUCCUGGCUCUGUCCUCAGCAGCGUGACUCCUGGUAAUUUCUUUGCUUUUCUUGGACAGUCUGGCUGGUGGGCUUCCCCUGUGAGGUCUGGUGAGGAGGUUUGUGGGUGAGGAGUAAGUGGGGUUCCUCUCCCAGAACCCAGCUGUUUUCCAUGCCGGGUGCUGCGUGCUGUCGGCUCAUUGGAUGGUGCCCCCAACUCCACGAUGAAGGGGCUAUCUCCAGUUUUUAGAUGGGACGGUUCCCCCUGAGGUUUUGGAGGUGAGGGCCAGGUUGGCUCCAGAGCCCAGCAGUCAGAGGCUCCUGCUCCUGUUGUGCUGCUGAGGUUCUUGGCCACAGUGCCUGCCCAGAGCCCAUCCAGGCUGAGCCCUGGGAGGUCCCAGGAGGAAGUGGGGUUCAGGCCAGCUUGAGGGAGGGUGGGAGCUCAGCAGGAGAAAGGCUCAAGUGACCCUCUGGAAGAAAGAGCUGCGGCAGGCCUCCCCGGCUGUGCCUGUCCCGGGCCCGGGCGUCCAGAACAGAGCAGCUGGCUACCCGCUGCUUCUAAUCAUCCUGCUCCCGGGAGGCCCUGCCAGCGGCUCUCAGAGCAGCCUCGUGUGUGCAGGGAGUCACCAAACCUGUGCAUGCUUCUGGGUCCUGAGUUCCAGGGCCCUGGAUAAAGGGUGAAGGGUCACCGUUUGAUGCCCAGACCUUGGGUUGGGGAGAAGCUGAGCUUUCAAGGUUUGGGUGUGCAGUCCCAUGUGUGGGUGUGCAGUGGAGGCAGCAGCAGGUCGGAGGUUUUGGGGUGCUGAUGUCGAUCUUGCAGACUCACAUGCUGUGAAGUCAAACCAACCCAGUGCAGGUCCCCACCCCAGUCCCACCGCUUCCCAGCUGUGUCCUUCAGGCAGCUCUCGCUACUGAACAGUGGCGGGAUCUGAGCUGAGGCUGAGGUACCGAAGGAGAAGGGUGGGGCUUCGGGGGGUCCGGGGCUGCCUUCUUGGAGCCCGAAGUCUGUAGCAGAAAGCAGGUUACGUGGCUGUGUUUCAGUUCUCUGCUUUGCACUCCCUCCCGUUAGUUUACUUAUUUGCGUGUGUGUGUGUGUGUGUGCACAUGUGGGUACAUGUGCAUUCAAGUGCGUGAGUAUGCGCCUAUUGUGCACCUUCUCUCUGACAGCGUGACCUCCAGGACAGUUCCAGCUCAGGAUGGCUUUCUUCUGAGGCACCCCUGUGCCUGUCACAAAGUCAACUCGCCAAAUACCAGGAAAUGAACAAACUCCAAGAGAAAAAGGACCAAGUCCAGGAACAAGACAGUCGCCAAGGAAAACUGAAAACAGCCAGGAGACCGCGUGGGCCCUGCCUCUCAUGUGAGACUCAAGCAAUGACAGUGUCUGCUGUGACUGGUGGGGGUGCAGGUGCUGGUGGUGUGGGGACCAGCAUGGGGGGCAGAGGGGCCCCAGCCCCAGAUUCCUGGAAGGCAGCUUGGCCUGCGCCUGCCAUAGAAGGUUUUAUAUCACUCACUCCCUUCGACCCAGCAGUCUUCUUCUGGGGUUGCCUCAUCCUGACAUAGCUGGAUGGGAGCCUUCGGCUGUGCAUGCGGCUGCCGUGGGCUCUAUACGCUAUUAGCCACUGUCUGCUGCAAAGCUGGAAAUGAACAAAUUGUCCACAGGCAGAAGGGUGGUGACGAGAGGACGCUGCAGCCACAGCAGGCUCACCAGGCAGCCAUUCUGGCAGCAGGGACUCAGGUUUAUUGCCGUGGAAACGUGCCCGUGGUGUAUAUUAUCGUGUGUGAGGCAGGCCACGGGCAGCAUGUCCCAGAUGGGACCACUUCAUAAAUUCUCUCUCUCUCCGUCGCUCCAGCUUGCUAGCUCUGCAUAAGAAUAACGUGGAACAUGAUGCUUAAAAACCUGUUCGCCAACACUGAAUAGCUCCAGAGGAUGGCGGCGCCAGCGAUUUUCCUCCAUUUCACCAUUCCUUCAGGUGUUGUCUUCGUUUUUUAUGUUUUUUGCAGUCAAUGCUUAUUACUUUAAUAACUGCAAAACCGUUAUUUUUAUAUUUUUGAGUGGCUCUUCUGUGCUCAUUGCUGGAGGCAGGGGCCUGGUCUCCAGAAUGCACCCUUGACUCACCUUAAAGGAACAAAGUAUCCAUUUAUGACGUUUCUUGAGCACCUAUCAGGCUGGGCGCAGCGCCAGUCUUGUGCACAUGGCAAUCUUGAGGGCCCUGGGCUGCUGCUCUGCGAAGUCACAGUUACCACCCACAAUUCAGAGAGGCCAGGUGGCCUGCCCGGGGUCCCACAGCAGGGACCUCGCCCAGGUGGGAAGAAGGUCAUUCAUUCUCCUUUCCCAGGCACAUGAAAGAGUCGGCCAAUGAAAGGUGUGUCACCAUUGGACUCUCCUGGCCUUAGGCAGUGUGGCUGCACAGGUCCUGCUGGGUGUGGGGGAUGGGCAGGAAUAAGAGGGAGGCUGUCUGAGCCUGGGGCUGGGGAAGGGAGGGAGGCGGAGGCCUGGCCAGGGGCAGCGUGGGACUGUGGGAGUGAGCUCAGUGUCCUGGGGGUGAGUCGUCCACACGCUGGGCUAUGGCUUCUCCAGCAGGAACGUGGGUACACAGCUCUGCCAGCCCUACCUCCUGGGCUGAUGUGAGUACCAGGGGGUGCGGUGGGCAGAAGGGGCUGUGAGCAGGAUCACAGGGCUGUGGUGCUGGUGGGGUGCAUGCUACCCCCUGAGCUGGGGCCAGGUGACCAGAGCUGUGCUGCUGACGUGGCGCGUGCCACCCCUAAGCUAGGGCCAGGUGACCAGGGUUGUGCUACUGACAUGUUUGUGCUACCCCUGAGCUGGGGUCAGGUGACUAGGGCUGUGCUGGUGGUGUGGCACGUGCCACCCCUGAGCUGGGGCCAGGUGACCAGGACUGUGCUGCUGAUGUGGCAUGUGCCACCCCUGAGCUGGAGUCAGGUGACCAGGGCUGUGCUGCUGACAUGGUGUGUGCCACCCCUAAGCUGAAGUCAGGUGACCAGGGCUGUGCUGCUGACAUGGUGUGUGCCACCCCUAAGCUGAAGUCAGGUGACCAGGGCUGUGCUGCUGGUGUGGCGUGUGCCUCCCCCUGAGCCAGGAUCAGGCAACCAGGGCUGUGCUGCUGAUGUGGCAUGUGCCACCCCUGAGCCGGGGUCAGGUGACCAAGGCUGUGCUGCUGACAUGGCACGUGCCAUCCCCUGAGCCGGGGUCAGGCGACAGGAGGUGCCCCCUGAACUGAGAACACUGGACAUUCACGGCACUGUGCCACGGGCUUAGUAGGUAUUGACCGUUUAAUCCUCUACAAAGCAGAUAACGCUAUUGUGUCUGUUUUACAAAUGAGGAAACAGCCCAGAGAGGCUCAGGGACUGGCCUGAUGCCACACAGCUCAUAGGUGUCUCUACUGGUGUGCGCCCAGCACGCUGGCCUCCUGAUGCCAUGAGCUCAGAGUAGGGAGGGUCAGCUCCAUCGAGGAAGGGAGCUGAACACUCCUGGCCACGUGCCCUGGCUGCAGAUGCUUUGGCCAUGAAUGUGGAAAGUCAGUCCUCCCCUUUCCCGGAUGUCUUGGAGGGACAUGUUUAUGGAACUCCGGCCCCAGUUACCACAAGCUGGGUGGCCUGAAGCCCCAGGCAUUUGUUGUCUCCAGGUGCUGGGGCCAGAAUCCAAAAUCCAAGUGCUGGCAGGGCCGAGCCCCCUCUGAAGGCAGGAGGGGAGCCUUUUUCGCUGCCUCCUAGGAGCUGGUGGCUUUGGCAGCGUGUGGUGCCCUGUGACUUGCAGCCACAUCACGCCAGUCUCCACCUCUGCCUUCACGUGGCCUUGUUUUCUGUGUCUCUGUGCCCAAAUACCCCUCUUCUUUCAUUACAAGGACACCAGUCAUUGGAGUCAGGGCUCCCCUAAACCCAGGAUGACUUCAAGAUCAUUAAUUGCAUCUGCAAAGGACUUCUUUCCAAAUAAGGUCCUGUUCUGCGGUUCUGAGUGGACGUGUGGUCUGGGGAGACACCGCCCAACCCACUGUAAGCUCCUCAUGGCGUGGCCUUCCAGGACACCCCCGCCCCACCUUCAUUUGAGAGGAGCUGCUGUGUGACUGGAGUGGAGCUUCCGCCCCUCUCUGGUCCCCUUGGUUGAGUGACAGGCUGAUGAGACUGUCUGGUCUCUGGUGCUGUGUGGUGGGAAGAUGCCUGGGGCUGGUGUGGAGAGCUGCUGGUCCUGGUUAGGCUGCCCUGAGACUACAGCUCUGGGCUGAGUCUGCAGCCCGGCCUUACUCAUAGGGGCUGGGUGUGGCCUUCCCGCUGGGCCUGGGUCUCCACCAGCCUCCGUCUGUCUCUGCUUCUGCCCAUCCAUCCCAGCAGGACAGUGGGGCCCAAGCUUCUACUUGGGAGAUGAAGAUGCGCCUGGGCUCCCAGGAAUCAGAAUCCCAGGAGGAGAGGGGACAUUAGAAACAGAAGACCCUUCCCUCAAGUUACAGGUGGGGAAACUGAGGUGCAGGUUGGGAAAGCCAUUUGCCCCAGCUCAUGCCAGUCUGUUCAUGGUUUAUUCAUUCAGUGAUUGAGCAGUGUGUGCCUCAGCGCUUCCUGGGCAGGCCUCUGCCCUCCUGGAGCACAGCCCCUGCCAGGGACUCAGACCCAGCUGGCACCUCUGGCAUUUCAUGGACCAUCAGGAAAUCCUCAGCCCGGGUGAGACUUGAUCUUGAGGGAGUCAGGGAGGGCUUCACCAAGGAGGAGGCAGGACUCAAGAUGAGGCUGGGGAUGACCAGAGCUGGGCAGGUGCAUCUGAGGCAGGAGAGCAUGGGGACCCAGCACUUUGAAUCCCAGCCCUGAGUUGCCAGAGGGAAGGAUGGGUAGAGGAGGGUCCAGGCCUCACUGUGUCCCAUAGCAUCGAGGGAGGCUUUGCCCUGGUCCCAACCACAGCGCUCGGUGGUCACCUGCAACCCCAUGUCACAGAUGAGGACACGGAGGCCCUCAGUGGUAGAAGGGCUUGCUGGACUUCAUACAGCCUUGGGUGACAGCCAGGAAUGGAGCUCCAGUUUGCCAGCUGACGACGAGCAUGUUCUUUCCAUUGAACCACGUUCCGUCUUCAGGAACUUCCAUUUUUCAGAAGGGAUGUGUCACUUCGCUUCUGGCAAACCUAACUCCGGGGACACAUGCCUCUGUGAGGGUCUUCACUGCAGUGCAUUCUGCCCAGCUGCGAUGGCAGCCUCCAGCCACCAGUGUCCGAUGUGCCUGCUCUGGGGUGGGGAAACAGAGGCCAGGAGAUUUUGAGACUUGCUUGUCCUUCCACAGCACGUAAGGACAGGAGCUCAGAUUUGAAGACAGGCAGCCUGGCUCCAGAGCUAGAGGCAUCCCUCCAUCCAUCUAUCCAUUCUUUGUUUUGGAGACAGAGUCCAGCUCUAGGGCCCAGGCUGGAGAGCCCUGGCAUAAUCUUGGCUCACUGAAAUCUCUGCUUCCUGGGUUCCAGCGAUUAUUCUGCCCCAGUCUCCUGAGUAGUUGGGACCAUAGGCAUGCGCCACCAUGCAUGGCUAAUUUUUGCAUUUUUUGUAGAGACGGGGUUUCACCAUAUGGCCAGGCUGGUCUCGAGCUCCUGACCUCGUAAUCAGCUAGCCUCAGCCUCCAAAAGUGCUAGGAUUAUAGGCAUGAGCCACCACACCCAGCCAUUCAUUCAUUCUUCAGCCCAUUUGCUUAUUCAUUCAUUUACCGUUACUUCCUGAAUGUCCUAUCUGAGUCGAGCUUAGGGUUGGGUAUCGGUAUAUAUGUGUGGACAAAUGUCUUACGUUCUAGUGAUGGGGACACUUACAUCGUUUUAUAGCAGAAGGACUUUCCAUCUGGGCACCUGCACAGACCUGGGCCCCUUGUCUCCUUACCCAUGAGGCCUCAAACCUGCCUGUCCCCGACACACUGCUAUCUGUAGAAGUCAGGGAGGGAGAGAAACCACCCAGACAGGGAGGGGACAGGAGCCUGUCUUUAAAUGGCGGCUUUAACUCUUUCUUACCCUCAAUCCUGGCACCCCAGUGUAGGGAGGAGCUGCUACAUGAGCUAAUGUAUGUAGAGGUGCACCCCCUCCCAUGUUCUGGCCUCUAUGCUUUUGUUAUUGCAGCCCAAGGAUAGUUUUGCAACAAUCACAUGAGCUUAUGGUCAACUGGAGCCACCUGACCCUUCUCAGGGGCUUCUGUGCUGUGGAGUCUUAGGCAUCACAGAGGACUCUUUGGACAUUGGGUUUGGGGCUUGCCACAUUUACCGAUUUUGCUUUUGUACAAUGUAACUCUUUGUGGGUUAUGGCAAAUACACUGUUUCUUUUAGAAUAGGUUUAGAUUCACAAAGUAAAUGUGAGGACAGCAGAAAGAAUUCCUGCAUAGACCACCUCCGUUUCCCUAUGGUUAAUGUCUCAGGUGACUGUGGUAUGCUGGUCACAAUGAAUGAAUCAAUUCUGGUGCAUUGUUACUCACUAAACAUAUGAGAUUCAAAUGUCUUCAGUUUCCAUCUCAGUUCUUUUGAUGCCCCAGGAAUGGGCUCCUCUCAGCAGCAACAGCUUCUCACACCUCCCUUGCUUUUGACCACAGCGUCAGGUGUUUUGUAGAAUUUGAGUUUGACAGUUUUUUUAUUACACUGGAUUCCAUGUUUCUGGGAGACAGGCCAUGGAGUUAAGAUGCCGCUCUCACCAUAUCGCACUAUGGACGUGGCUUAUCCCCGAUGCUGUUGGCCUUGGUCCCCUGGCUGAGGAUGUGCUUGUCAGGCUUCUCAGCUGUGACAUUUCCCCCCUUCUAUACUGCACACUUUGGAGGGAAGUCACCGUGCACAGCUCUCACUCCAGGAGCAGGGGCUAUACUUCAUCUCCCCAAGGGCAGAGCAUCUACAGGGAAAUCUUUAGACGUAAAUGAUUAGGUCUAUCUAUCUAUCUAUCUUUUAAUUAUCUAUCAUCCAUUUGUCUAUUCUGUCAUUUAUUUAUCUGUUAUCCAUCUAUAUACUCUAUCAUUUAUGUAUCUUUCUUCCAUCUAUUCUAUCAUCUACCUAUCAAGCAUUUAAUUAUCUACCUACCUACCUACCUACCUACCUAUCCAUCCAUUCAUCCAUUCAAUCAUGUAUUUUAUCAAUAUGGACUCAAGGAUACAUAUUUUGUACUUAGGUUAUAAUUCAUGACCACCUGAUUUUUGCUGCUGAAAUGGUUCCACUCUGGCCAUAGGGAACUUUCAGUGGGCUUCUGUGCCCGUGGGACACAGCCUGUCAUCAGGUUUUGCAGGGGCAUUUCCUUACUUUCUGGCACAAGGAGAUGCUCCAGCCUCAUCUCAUCUAUUUCCUGCUGCAGCCCGAGACUCAGCCAUUUCUCGCAAAAGCCCUGGCUCCUUUAGAGUUGAAGAAUGGUAGGUGUGCUCACGGCUGCAAGGGUGUUGCUUGAGCCAGGAAGAGUGGUGUAUAUGUAAGCUCAUGUAUAUGCACAUAUCUGCAAUGUGAGCUCAUGUAUAUACACGUAUCUGGAAUGUGAGCUCAUGUAUGUAUGCAUAUCUGUAAUGUGAGCUCAUGUAUAUAUACAUAUUUGCAAUGUGAGCUCAUGUCUGUAACGUGAGCUUGUGUAUAUACACAUAUCUGUAAUGUGAGCUCAUGUAUAUCCACAUAUCUGCAAUGUGAGCUCAUGUAUAUCCACAUAUCUGCAGUGUGAGCUCAUGUAUAUACACAUAUCUGCAGUGUGAGCUCAUGUAUAUACACAUAUAUGCAAUGUGAGCUCAUGUAUAUCCACAUAUCUGCAGUGUGAGCUCAUGUAUAUACACAUAUCUGCAGUGUGAGCUCAUGUAUAUCCACAUAUCUGCAAUGUGAGCUCAUGUAUAUCCACAUAUCUGCAGUGUGAGCUCAUGUAUAUACACAUAUCUGCAAUGUGAGCUCAUGUCUGCAAUGUGAGCUCAUGUAUAUACACAUAUCUGCAGUGUGAGCUCAUGUAUAUACACAUAUAUGCGAUGUGAGCUCCUGUCUGCAAUGUGAGCUCAUGUAUAUCCACAUAUCUGCAGUGUGAGCUCAUGUCUGCAAUGUGAGCUCAUGUAUAUCCACAUAUCUGCAGUGUGAGCUCAUGUCUGUAAUGUGAGCUCAUGUAUAUCCACAUAUCUGCAGUGUGAGCUCAUGUCUGCAAUGUGAGCUCAUGUCUGCAAUGUGAGCUCGUGUAUAUCCACAUAUCUGCAGUGUGAGCUCAUGUAUAUACACAUAUCUGCAAUGUGAGCUCAUGUAUAUACACAUAUCUGCAGUGUGAGCUCGUGUAUAUACACAUAUCUGCAGUGUGAGCUCAUGUAUAUACACAUAUCUGCAGUGUGAGCUCAUGUAUAUCCACAUAUCUGCAGUGUGAGCUCAUGUCUGCAAUGUGAGCUCAUGUAUAUCCACAUAUCUGCGGUGUGAGCUCAUGUCUGCAAUGUGAGCUCAUGUCUGCAAUGUGAGCUCGUGUAUAUACACAUAUCUGCAGUGUGAGCUCGUGUAUAUCCACAUAUCUGCAGUGUGAGCUCAUGUAUAUCCACAUAUCUGCAGUGUGAGCUCAUGUAUAUCCACAUAUCUGCAGUGUGAGCUCAUGUAUAUACACAUACUGCAGUGUGAGCUCGUGUAUAUACACAUAUCUGCAGUGUGAGCUCAUGUAUAUCCACAUAUCUGCAGUGUGAGCUCAUGUAUAUACACAUAUCUAUAUGUAAUUCCAUGGGUAUCCAUGGGUAUCUCCAUGAAGCAUUGUUUCAGCUGGCUCCUCCAACUCGCAUCCAUGAUCUCCUGGUCCUCCCUCCUUACCUGUGACCUCUCUCUCCAGCAGUGAAACCCUGCUCCUCCCACUCACCAACUCACAUCCAUGAUCUCCUGGUCCUCCCUUCUUACCUGUGACCUCUCUCUCCAGCAGUGAAACCCUGCUCCUCCCACUCACCAACUCGCAUCCAUGAUCUCCUGGGUCCUCCCUCCUUACCUGUGGCCUCUCUCUCCAGCAGUGAAACCCUGCUCCUCCCACUCACCAACUUGCAUCCAUGAUCUCCUGGGUCCUCCCUCCUUACCUGUGACCUCUCUCUCCAGCAGUGAAACCCUUCUCCUCCCACUCACCAACUUGCUUGCUCCGUUAUUGGGUCAGAACCUUUUUCCUUCCCACUUGUCACUGUGGGUUUUGAUCACAGAUCGCCUCUGUUGAAAACUUUGGAAAUAAAGGAAAGAACAAGGAAAAAGUCUAAAUCACCAAACAUUGCACUCUCCAGGGACCCUCUGCAGCUCCUUGGGGUUCACUGUCUCUGGCUCAUCCAUCCUGUCUGUUCCCCGAGGCAGUCUCAUCUCACUGGCCUCAGAGGAGCCGUUCGUUCACUCCGGACACAGUUUAUGAUGUUUUACCAACAAAUAUCACACCUACUGCGCAUCCAGUGUGGCCUGAGCCUCUAGAAAUUCUCUGGAGAAAAAUGGGCAAGGCAGUUCCUCCCUGAGACCCUUCCAGCCUGAGGCUGUGGAGAUAGAAGCCCAUCAAGUUGUCACGUGGCACGUGUGAAGCUGGGACUGUGAUACUGUGCACUGAGUCCUGCCGUGUGCCAGACCUGCUCCGGGUGCUGGGAACAUGGAGGCACCUCUGCCCUCAGCCCCUGAAGCCUGUGGAGGAGAUAUGGAUGUGAAAAGCAAGGAGAACAGCGACGGAAAAUCAGGGCAGAGCCUGCUAAAGGGCAAGCCAGAGACCCCAGAGCCCUGUGUUGAAACUUGACCCCAGAGGUGAUGGCAUGAAGAGGUAGGGUCUGCAGGAGGCUCUGCCCUCAGGAAUGGGACGGGAGGGUCUGAGGAGCUUGUUCGUCCCUUCCAGCACUUGUUCGGCCGCCUAGAAGCAGGGAGAUGCCAAGCCUGCCAGUGCCUGGAUGCCGGCUUCCCCGCUUCUGGAACAGAACCUCUCUGUGGCUGUGAAUUAUUCAGUCCAUGAUAUUGUUCUUAUGCAGCACAAAUGGACUAAGGCGUGGCAGCAUGGCUUUCUGAGAAGGUGGCAUUUGAAAAAGGCUGUAAGAGGAGACAGAGCGGCGCCAUGUGCCCUUGGGAAGUCCACCAGGCAAAAGGAGCCGCACGUGCUAGGCCGGGGUGGAGCUCAGCUGGGGGACCAAAGAGCAACCACAGGGAUAGACCAGGGUCAAAGGCAGUGGGCCAAGUCCUCUGGGUGCAGCAGGACAUGGCAAGGCCACAAGUUUUACUCUCCCUGAGUGGAAAGCCCAGGAAAGUGUCUGGGGCACAGAUGGCAUGACCUGACUUAGGUUGGAGAGGGUGGCUCUGACUGCCCACUGGGGGGAUGGCAGUGCAGGCAGGUGGCCAGGAAGCUGCAGCAGGGACUCAGGUAUGUGUGUGGGUGGGGGAUGGGGUAUCUGGGUGGCAGAGGCAGGCAUGAAACUCAGCAAGAGGCCAGGCUCCCCACUCUGCACAGCUUGAUUUCCAUUCCCCCACUGCACCCCGGCCUGGGCUCUGUUCUUCCCCCAACAGGGUCAGGUUGAGCGGCAAGUGGCAGCACUGACACAUCUACACUCUCUCUCCAGGACCCCCGCGUCACAGGAUCCUGUAGACACACACGUCACAUCAAACCCCUGAGGAUGGGCCUGUGCCCACAGUCAGACUCCAGCUCAGGUUCGAGCGAAGGAUUGAGGCAAGACCUAGAAAGACCAGGGAGGGGACGGUGGGGUAAGGGUGGUCCUGGCCUCAGCCAUGGGGGCUGGGCUCACACCCCCACUAGGGGCAUGCACAUUCCAGCCCUCGGGGCAUGUGUGGGCAAAGGGCUCCAGGACCCCAGGUGGUCCUGAAAGAGUGGUGGACACCUGCCAUUGACGCAAGGCGGAGGAGGAAUGAGCAGAAGUGACGAAGGGGCUGGCUGGAGCAGCGGGUCUUGGGACCACUGGGACAGCUGCUGGCAGCGUGGGCUCUGCUCUAGGUGGUGCUGCGCAGACAGCAGGGCUGUCCUGGGGCUGUGGGCAAAAGCUGCCCACAGACAGCCUCAGCCCCAUGAACCCUGGGGCUGUCGGAGCUGGAGGGCUACAGGGAGGACCCGUUGUCCAUUCACCCACUCGGGAAAUGGUUGCUGAGCAGGUGCCUGUGUGAGGUUCUCAGUAUGGACAUGCCUAGAGCAAGGCCCUGCUGCCUGGGAGUCUGCUGUCUAGGUUCCCUCAAACAUCCAGCCAGCCACCCCCAUGCACUCACCAAGCAUCUGUGGGCAGAGGCCACAGGAUGUCACUGAAUGCAUGGCCAUCUGCCACGCCUCUGCCCACGAACUCAGGGUGUGUGGCCUUGCCUUUGUCCCCACCUCCCUGCAGGCUGCUGGGUCCCCAUGGCGGGCGCUGCCUUAUUGGUCCCUGAGUCCCUGGAGCCAGGCACAUCACAGGUGCAUGCUGGGGUCCAGUGGUGGCAACUGUACUCUUCUGCUCCAACCCAGUGCUUUUUCUAUGUGAUAGGCUCGAUAGGCUCUCUGUGCCUCAGCUUACCUGUCUGUCCUGUCUGCCUCACAGGCAGGACAUUUGGGCAUGGGGAAGGCAGAGAGGGAGAGACGUAGAACCUAGGGCCUGGUGGUGCAGUGCUGAAUGCCCAUGCCCUUGCCAAGUUCACAGGUUGAAAUCCCAGCCCCUGAUGUGAUGGUAUCAGUAGGGGGCCUUGGGGAGGUGAGGACCCCACCCAAGGGUCAUCAGGGUGGGGCCCUCACUAGUAGGAUCAGUGCUCUCAUGAAAGGGGUCUCAGAGAGCCCUCUCGCGCCCUCCACUCUAUGCAGACACAGUAGGAGGAAAGCCAUCUGCAGCCACAAUAUGUGUCUGUGGCUUAAGCCACCAGGACUCUGGCACUUUGUCACAGCAGCCAAAGGGACUAGGAAAGGAGGGUUGUUUUUAAAUCUCGGGCUCUGGUCCUGCAGGCAACGCCCUGAGCAAAUCCUAGAACUACUCUGAGUAUUUCUUGUCCCUAGAAAACAAAAGUAUGCCAUGUGUGACAUAGGCCAGGCCUUAGCGAGGUCCCUCAUGGGACGUCCAGGUCUUGCUGGGCACAGAGGAGACCAGCAGCCCACGGCCUGCGCUCCCUGGCCUUGGCUCGGCUGGUGUGGUGUGAUGGACCCUUACACUGCCAGUCAGCACUGGGCAAAUAGCCACCAGCUCUCAUCCCUGUCCUCACAUUCCCGUCUCGGUUCCUCCUCAGGACAGCCCGGGAGGGCUUCACAUGUGGGGAUGCAGUAAGGUCUCCCCAGCCAGCACUCAGGCUUGGGGCAGAGGCCCGGGCCUGGCCCCCUCACAGAGGAGGGCUGCAGUAGAAAGAGGUUCGCAACGGCAGUGAUCUGCUGCAGUGAGUGGUCCUGGAUGCGAGGGGGCCAGGGUGGAGCUCUCAGAAACUCCUGCCUUCUUGGAUGCGCUGACAGCAGUAACCUGAAGAACUGCCUUGCUCUUCCUCAUCCCCGUGGCUGUCCUCUGGGCAGACACAGGACCCCUGUUACAGGCCAGGAGUGCUCGAGGAGUGAGGCCUGGCCAGGCUCCUGCAGAGAGUGGGGCCCGGCCUGCAGGGGCUGAUGCUUGUGGGCCUCCCAGGGUGCCUCACUGCCUCCACGACCAGAUAGACUCCUGGGGCCACACUGAGCCCCUGCCCUGCUGGGGCCCCCCACUCCAUCAUGGGGCACUGAGCCUCUCAAGCUGGAAGGCAGGAGACGGCGGCCCCAGCAGGCAGCCCUGCAGCCAGCCCCUCGGCGGAGGC